GAGGGGAAGAAAAGAGUUGGGUGUUUCCCGCCCUACGUGUAUAAGGCAGGCAGACUAUAUACUGUUAUGAGUUUCAUGACACUGAGCACUUCUCAAGGUUUCUGAGUUAUUUGGAGUAUACCUCUUCAGAGACUCUGGUAAAACCCAGCAGCCGCCUGUCACAGUACCUUCAGACCUGCAGGUCAAGUAUAACUGUUGUGUAAAAGGGCUCUGAAAACAGACUCUACAUAAGGCUUUACGAGGAUUUUUAUUUCUUAAAAGCAGUGUCAAGAAUUCUUCCUGCAGCUAUCCUUCACGCUGUAUUGAAAAUGUUGGUUUUCUGAAGAAGCCUGCACAGUGGCAGAACUGUCUUGAGUCAAGAGAUUGCUUAUCUUUUAGGGAAAUUCUUAAUUCCAAUCUGAGUUGCAAUGACUUCCAUAGAUGUGAUGGCAAUGAUGGAUUAUGGAGAGGAUGCAAACUACACCAGCUCUGAAGAAAAUGUUACCUUUAGUUUGGAAGCUGUUUUCUGCCCUCACAUUAUUGACAAAAAGGGAAUCCUUUACACAGUCGCUGUUGUUUUCAUUUUCAUUUUUGUAAUUGGCUUAGUAGCCAAUUCUGUGGUGAUAUGGGUCAACCUUUGGACCAAACGGGUUAGAUAUGAAACCCACACAUACAUUCUAAACUUAGCUGUAGCAGACCUUUUUGUUGUUAUUACACUACCGGUGUGGGUUGCAUCCUUGGUUCAGAAUGAACAGUGGCCAAUGGGAGAGGCCAUGUGCAAAGUGACCCAUUUGAUAUUCAGUGUCAAUCUCUUUGGAAGCAUUUUUUUUCUUACAUGUAUGAGUGUUGACCGUUACAUCUCAGUAGCAUUCCUCAAAAGUUCAAACACUUACAAGAAGAAGGCAAUCCGAUGGAUAAUCUGCAUCUUUCUUUGGCUUUUUGCAUUUGGAGUAUCUUUUCCAGACACAUACUAUCUACAAGUUUUCACUUCUCCACAUAAUGGUGACACAUAUUGUCGUCCUGCAUAUCCUAAAGAGAGAUUCCAGGCAUGGUUAGUUGGCAUGGAACUAGUUUCUAUUAUUUUGGGCUUUGCCUUCCCAUUUCCUAUUUUGGCUAUUUUCUGCCUUCUUCUCGCAAGAGUUGUGUCUUCCUCUAGUGACCAAGACAAGAAAGCAAGCCGGAAAAUCAUCUUCUCAUAUGUUAUUGUGUUCCUUAUUUGCUGGCUUCCUUACCACAGCAUUCUUAUAGUUGACACCAUGUACCUUCUUAAGUUUAUACCAAUAAACUGCACCAUGGAAGACUUCUUGUAUGUUUCUCUUCAUGUCACACAGUGUUUAUCUUUAAUCCAUUGCUGUGUAAAUCCCAUACUUUACAGCUUCAUCAACAAAAACUAUCGCUAUGACCUCAUGAAGGCAUUUAUUUCCAAGUACUCUGCAAAGACUGGUCUUACCAAGAUAGUUGAUGCAUCAAAAUUGUCAGAAACUGAUUACACAGCAUUGACCCAAACUGUAGUGUGAUCAUAGCAAUGGACUGUGUAUUGAAUUAUAUUUCAACAGACUUUUGAUGAUAUUAAAGGACAGCUCCAUCCUCAGAUGUAAUUAACUUCAUCUCAGAGAUAUUUGUUUUAUAUCUGUGUAGUAGUAUAGUGUCCAGAAACCACUCAGUAACUUUCAAUAUCUUUAUUUCUGUUUUUGUUUUUUUUUUACUACUAGAGACAUAAUUGUGGGAUUGUUCAGAAAGGAAUUUUCUCCACAUAGUGGAGAGUCACAUUUUUCUCUAGAUUUCAGCUUUAGCCAGCAACCACAGUUUUAUAGUCUGCUUGUCUUGCUUACAUCAAGUGCUAAUGUGAAACUGUUUUGCAGUGAUAGUUAAUGGCAAAAUAUUAAUAAGAAGAGCAAUGAUCAGUUGUACUGCAACACUUCAAAAAGAAACUGGUAAGUACUCAUAUCUUUGAGUGAAAUGUAUCAGCUGUCAUUCACAAAUAAAUGGGCAAAGCUGCUAUAUCCAGCCCUUAAGACAGUACUAGGGAAGGUAUGCAAACUUACUAGAACUACAGAUUUGACUACCUUACAAAUCUCGUAGUGUAGUUAAUUUGUCUAAAUUUAAAUGCACUGUGAAAUAUUUUAGCAGUUUACAGUUAGCACUAAUUAGAUUAAAUAAAAGGAAACACUGCGAAAAUUGUCAGACAGUCUUGGAAGCCAGUGACUCAUAGCACUCUUUAUUAGAGGUGAAUGCAGAAACAAAUUACUUGAUUUACUCUACAUAGGCUGUGUCAUAUAAUUAAGAUGAUGUGUAUUGCAAGAGAAAGAGAAAAAUCUGCAGAAAAAAGUCAUGUCAGUAUGGAGUCCCUAUCAGGUCAUUUUCCGUUAUAACAAAUGGGUGGAGCUUUCCUGUAAACAUUGUUAGUAAAGUGAUAAUUAUUUUUUACUUUGUAUUUUCUGUAAUAUAAAAAUAAUGAAUUUGUAUCUUUUUAGCUGUACAGUGUAUUUAUAAAUUAUGUUUUACCUUUUUGAAUUAUGUAUUGUAUUUCAUAUAAAGAUACUGCACAAUAUUUGUAUAGUUUUCUUUUUGCUGUAAUUGUGUAAUGUUAGAUCCAUAUUGAUUUGUUUGGAGAUAUACUUUUUCAGUUUUUCUUUAAGUCUCACUAAUACGUUCAAUCUGUUAUCACAAAGUGACAUGCAGGAAGACAUGGCCUUAAAGCAUGUUUUAGGCAGUACUAAAUAUUACAGCAACUUAGCUGUGUCAUUUCAAUUUGUUCAAGUUCUAAUAUUUGUUUCUGUUAUAUAAAGACAGUAAGAAGGCUGAUGAUAUAUUAAAUUUUGUCAAGGUGAUUCAUUAAUCAUAAGUAUGACUUUGAAAUUUACAUUCACUGUCAAUCAUUACUUUGUGAGAUAAACUAGGCUUAUCAAAAAAGGGAGUAACCUGUUUAAGUAUCCUUUUGAAGUGUUCAGUUUUCCACUCAGGUCCUGUCCAUUUAUCUUCAGAGAAUGAAAAAAUAGUAAUAGUCUUGGUUAUAGCUUAUAUAUUGGAUAUGUUUCUGACUACUUAAAUUUUAUAUGUGAAAUAAGAUCACAGUCUUUACUGCCUUUCAGCAAUUUUAGAGUGUUACAAUAUUCACUUGUCCAAUUUUCUUGGCUUUGUAAGAUAGAUUAUCUGAUAUAUACUGAAAUAGCAGAAAUACUACACCUUAAGAUUCAUUUUAUUAUAGCUUUUUUUCUAAGCCUGUCACUAUGAUAGGUUGUAAGAUUUAUUGAAGUUACUAGUUUUAAAUAUUUAUUAAAAUUUUAAAACUCUGUCUAGGUGUCUUAAUUUUUCAUUUAGAUACAAAUGUGACAGGAUUAUAUGCUUACUUUCAAGCUGUCUUGUCUGAGAAGCUGCUGAUUGAAACCGAUUUUUGAGGGCUUCUGUGGCACUUCAAAUAAUCUUUGUAUGUCAAAACUUGUGGAGAUAAAUGUUACAUUUAUGUUAAUUUGGACUGUAGUUAAGUGCCAGUAAAUUUGGCAAAACAUGUUAAGGAGACAUCAGUUGAAUUUUCUCUCAGAAAAAUAUCCCAGGAGCUUCACUUCAGUGACUAGAAUAGAAAGACAGCAUGCUUAAGAAUUAUCAGACCAGCUGCAGUGAAACUUUUUCUCUGUAUUCUACAGUUCUUGCAGAAUUAACUUUUAUCCUGGAUCUUUCUUCUCAAAACAUCUUCUGAAUUUCAUGUAAGGAUCCAAUCCCAAAGUUAACGUGGCUUCUUUUGAAUUCAGUUACCAGGAUUUUUUUUCAAAUAUGUUUCCAAGUGAAUACAGAUUUUCUCUGAGGUAAAUAGGUUUAUGAUUCAGAUGUAAUAUGUCGCCUCAACUUUUUUUGCUGUGCUCAUAAGGAACUGACAGAGAAGACAAAAGACUUGGAUGCUUAAGUUUUGGACGAUGAAAAUGAAGAUUGCUUACCAGAAGAUUUAGAUAAUGCUCUGUGGUUAAUGUCUAAACAUUGAAUGUUAUACAUUUGUCCAAAGAAGGACAGAUGUUUGCAAGUUUGCAUCAUCUGUGCAGUCAAACUGCUUCCUUCUUAGAAUGGUCACUCUUGCAUGAGAAUCUGGAAGCUUUGAGCAAGAUGUUUUUAUACUUCCAUACAUUACUCUCAAAGGUUUUAAGGAAUUUGAAAGUUAUCAUGAACUGCAUCAAGUCUGAACAGAGGUUUUCCCCAGUUUUUCCAAAUGUAGACAACUUUGAGUUGAUGGCUGUCCUUAGUGUGUACUGUAAAUUCUGGAUCUUUCUGUCCCAUCAAAUAAGGAUUUAGGGUGCUUAAUGUCUUUACAAAGAGGUUAUAGUUUGUUAGCCUCAUGACUGUGUUAGUUCUAUAUAUUUUUCUGUUAUUCAUCAGUUUCAGUCUGACAUCACAGGCCAGAUUAUUUCAGUGGUUUAUUAACCCAGUGCAGAUUUAGACAGUUCUAAAAUGCUCAAACUAUACAAUCCUUCUUUACAUACUGUUUAUUUUAUUUUCAUCUAUCACUGCUGCUAAUGCAAUGAUUAGGAAACAUGGUUGACAUAAAAGUCAGCUUUAUCCACAUGGUGAGAUCAAUCGCAUUAGAAACAUUCCAGUUUUGGAUGUAGUAGAUUUUGGCCUAAAAGGUGCUGUCAUCAUUUAGGAAUUAGAAAAUCAACGGCAGUACAAGAGAGGAUUUUUCCCAUUUCAACUGGCUGCUUUGAGUCUGCAACAGGGGUAAAGAAUGUCUUUAUUUACAGAAUAAAUCUUGACAAGUCUUCUUCCUUUAGGGCUCAUUUGUCUAAGUAUAGGCUAAUGAGAAAGAUAUCUUAUGAGGCAGAAUUUUUGGGAAUGUGUCUUCAACAUCAAGUUUGCUAAAUGUUUCCUUGGAUCUCCUUAAGAUCUUGUAGCAGGGAAAUCCAUUGCCCUCUUAUCCUAGUCUGAAUUCUGUCCUCUUCAAAGAAUCUUGAUAAAAUUCUAGUCUUCCUUCAAGUUUGAGAAAAAGAACGGAUUGCUUUUUAGUUUUAAUGCACUUAGUUAUGUCUUUCUGUUUCUCAUUCUUUACUCAAAUAAACUAAAAGGGAUCUGGAAAAAGGCAACAGUCCUGAACCAACUAGAUAUCUCUUUUUCAGAAGAUGUUAUAUUUUCAUAUCAUACAAGCCAGCAUCUACUUGCUCAAGCCAUACACUCCUUCGUUUUUGUAUAUGAAUAUGGCUCACCAGUUGCAUAGUGUCUAGUUUCCAGGUAUUUUAAAGACAUUUCUUAAAUAUUGAUGGCCUCUGGGAAAGCCUUAAACUGGACUGCUUUUCCCCAUUUAAAAGGAAGAAUAAUUUCUUAUUUAGAUGAAAUUGUAUCCUAUUAACAUUUUCUGACUAUGAUUGAAGUAUCCAGUUCAUUUUAUUGCCUUUGAAUUAGAUCUGAAAGCUUUUUUUCUUUUUCUUUUUACCCAGCAGCUAUUUUUUUUUUCUUUGAUGAAUGGCAAAACUUUGAACAUUUACCCAAUGGUGGUGUGAUAAUUUCUAAAGGGUUUGUUUCCUGUCUGUAGAUUCCAUUUAAGAAUUCUUCUCUGUCUCCUUAAAAUCUUAACUUUGACAGAUUUAUUAUUGCUCCUUUCAAGCCACCUGCUUAAAUUGACUAACAUCCUGUUCAAUGGAAAGUUCUUAUAGACAGUAUUCAUGGCCCAAUGGCCUGUGUCUCACAAGAGAUGGAUCUUUCUCAUGUUUCUUUUUAAAGUGCUGUGAUGAUUAAUUCUGUGAUAGCACUCACAUUAUUGUGUUUUUUCUUCAUACCUUGAAAGCUGAUUAAAAACUUGGACUUUGCUAUCUUCAGUUCAGAGAAUUAGGAAUGGUAACCUCUGAUUUGUUUCCCAAAGGUCAGUAUCCUGUACAUAGUCUAAGCACUGUAUGUGUAAUAAAUACAUAGGUCAUAUGCUGUAAAGCACUUUUAAUUGCAGUUCCUGUAAACAUCAUACAUCUUCCCACGUUUGUUUCAGGAAUUUCUAAUGCAGAAAUUUGCACAAAGGCUAUUUGAUUCAGUUUUCUUACUUUUACCCUACACUGAACUUUUGGAUGCAAUCUUCAAAAACAGAGUUAAUUUUUAAAGUGGACUUCCAGGAUACUCUGAUAUGAGCUUCAUAAGUUAAAUUUUUAUUUGUCUGCCUACUUAGUUGAUUGACACACUCCAGGUUUUUCACUGUUUGAGACGCUUAGAUUUGUUUGACUCAUGUCUAUGGAUUUACACUGUUUGAGAGUAUGUCCUAACUGUGAUACAUAUUAUUACAAAGAAAGU